CUGUCAGAGUUGUCGUAACAUAACCCUCUUCGAAGUGAAAAUUUCCAAAUUUUUGAUUUUGGAUUUUCUUUAAUUAAAUAACUAAUAACUUGUGAUUUAAAUUGCAUUUUCACACAAAAAAACAUCUUCAUCAAAAUGAGUAUCACACGUAUUACUAUCAAUCACCUCCGUCAAACAAUCAACAGAUCAUCUGCAUUCACCCGCAUGUUCGAAGCUCGUUUUCAAUCGACCGCUGCCGCUGCUUCUGGUGGUGCUGAAAAACUUGUGGCCCCUGUACCCGAAGGAGUCGACAAACCACCAAAUCCUAAAUUAGAUAACAUUGUCAAUAGCAUUGCUUCCCUAAAUCUAUUGGAAGUUUCCGAAUUAAGUUCGUUAUUGAAGAAGAAAUUGAAUUUACCCGAAACAGCUUUUGCUCCAGUUGGCUUUGCUGCCGCUGGUCCAGCAAAACCAGCAGAAGACGAAGAAGAAGCUGCUCCCAAAAAAGUUCAAACAUCAUUCAAAGUAAAAUUGGUUAAAUUCGAUGAUAAACAAAAAGUUGCUUUGAUCAAGGAAAUCAAGAAUUUACUUGAGGGAAUGAAUUUGGUUCAAGCUAAGAAAUUCGUUGAAAGUGCUCCAACGUUGGUUAAGGAAGAUAUUCCUAAAGAUGAAGCUGAUAAAUUGAAGGAAGCUCUGACGAAGGUUGGUGCUGUCAUCGAAAUUGAAUAAAAACUAGAAUAGGAGAAUUAUUGUUUAAUUAAAAAGAAAAUAAUGUUUUGAAAAAAAAGUUACAAAAUAAAUUUAGUUCCCGAAAAACCAA